UUGGCGGUUAGACGGAAGUUGCUUCGUUGUUGAAUGUAUGUGAACAUUUUAUUUAGUGUGUAUUUAUUGAGUCGGCAUCGCCGAGGCGUAAUAACGCAUAUUAUGGAAUAAAUGGGUUGUAAUUGUUGGUUCGCAAACCGUUUGUCCACUUAAUCCGUGAGGCAUACAUCGUAUGAUUCCCCUGCCAGUUAGCCUACUACUGUAAAAGGCGAGAUGUCUAAACCUCACAAAACAAACGGUAAAUAUUUAUGGUGGUGCCUCAUGAGCCUCGAAUUCAGACCGGAUACCGCUGCAAAAAACAUCAAACAUCUAAAUCUGGGAAUGAACAUGUUUGACAAGCCAAACAAAGAUGGAUUCUACAUUGUCAGUCAAUUUUUAUUCGAGAAACUCAAUCCCACUCAUGCGCAAGAAGUCUUCAGACAUUGCUGGCCAGUUUGGGAUCACAAAUGUGAUGCUGAGUUUCGUAAAUUGACUUUGGGUUGGCUCCAAGAUAUAGCGAAUGAGGAAGGUAGCUCUUUUCCCAAGGUGGCUGCAUCACAUUUGCUUUCCCCUUCUGGACCAAGAUUUAUCAACUUGAUGCUCCACUUGGCUAAACAUGUUAUGCUGAAAACAUUGAAGACAUAUACCACAGAUGACACAUGGACUCCAGAGGCUUCUGUAGUUCCAGCAAGUUCACAGGCGUUGGAAAUGAAAAGAUUUCAGGUGGUGAAGAGACAAUUCCAGAGAGUGACUGUAGGGCAGGACCGUCUCAUUCAGGACUAUCAGAGAAGAGCUAAAGGUUUGGAGAAGUCUUUGAGGGACCUUGAUGAAGAAGAUGCCACAUAUGAUAAUAAGCUUAAAGAACACAACAGUAACGCAGAUUUGCAGGGAGACAUUCUUGCAAAAAGUCAAAAGGUGCGAGGCCUUUGGGCUGAGACAGACAGUGUCUUAUCUACCCUUGAAGGAGAGCAAGCAGUAGUGGAGAGUGUGAUCCGUGGACAGGUAGACCAGUACACCUUGGAUGGGAAAGACCUGAAUGUAAAGAUACCUACAGUUCUACGUGAUAGAAUGGAGCGGCUAUCACACCAGUCCAGUGUCGGGAGCUUGUUUGAGGGCGGAAAGCCUGUGCUUGUGCGUUUGCUGGAACUUCUAAAUGAAGGAUUAGGAAUUCUCAGUGAAGAGAGGAAAAGGAUUAUAAGACCCACUACACAAUUCAGUCACCAGGCCCUCCAGGAUCAAGCUGUCCUUUUCAGUCGCUCCAGAGAGAAUCUCAUGUUUAUAAGGCGUAAACUGAUCAAAGAGGAUGCACCAGAAAUCAAGAGCUCCAUUAGGAGGCUGGAAGAGGACUGGGAGAGGAAGUGGGCAGAGUGUUUGAUAAAUACACCUCUCACCCCUUUCAUAAAAGAAGAACCCGUUCUUGACUUUGUCUCCCCUAUGGCACCACUCUCAUUUGAGCCAGCUUCUGAGGCUAGCUUUAAGGCUAGCAUCCUCUCCCAAUAUUCCAGUAUGCCAACUGGACUGCUAGAGCAGACUUCUAAAAGAAAACCAGAGGUGACUGAGAAAACGGAAGUCCACCUGAAGCCUGAAGAGAAGAACACUUCAUUGCCAACUGAAGAUAAUGGAGUUCUGCUUUUCUCUGACUGCUGCUUUUCCCCCAAACAAGCAACUUGUGAUGCUCCACUGUGUGAAAAUUCCUUGAUCAAAUUUCAGUCUGUUGUCCAGACACCCAGUCCCGUACAGGCUAGCCACAGGAAAACUCUGCUCUCAAAGACAAAGACCUCUGUCAUGAAGAAUAAGGCACAAAUUCUAGAUUUGGAAUGUGACAACUUGGCAAGUCAAGUUGCAGAGGCUGUGAUCAUGAGUCCAGUAAAUGAAAGGAGGGAUGUGGACCUGGGGCAGUUACUGAAUUCCAUAUCUGACCCCUUUUCGACUAGGAAGCAGCUGUGCCGUACACCUGAAAGUCUAAUUAAGGAUGUGAGAAGUUCAUGGAGAAAAGCAGUUGAGGAAGGCACAGUUGAGAAAAAACAAGCAUUCUGGAAUCGACAUGACAGCCUCUCUUGGCUCAAGAGUUCCCCAACCAAAGAAGAGAUGAACAGCCCUUUCCACAAACCAAGUCCAGAGCCUUCUCUCGUAUUUGACUCUACAGCUACCAUUGCCCAGUGCACUUCUGUCCAACAGGGAGUUUCUCUCCACUCAACUGUGUCAUGGGAUGCCUCACAGCUGGAGGCUCUUGACAGCCAAAGCUCAAGUGAUGUUAUUAAAUUUAGCAUUGCUCAAGAAGAGCUCCCAGAACUUUUUGACGAUGAUGUGUCGUUCAACAGCGAUGGAUCGGUUGAGAUCCACAUCGAUAAGAAAAGCGAUCAAGAACUGCCACCGAUUGCAUCACAUUCUCCUCUUGGAGAAUUUCCCCUGCAUAUGGCUCAGAUGUGCUUGGAGGCCACCUUAGAUAAAGCCUCUUUCAAGGACACAAGCUUUGAGAAGUCUGAUUUCAGGUCCCCGGUACAUUCAGGGAAAAGCCCAGGUUUGAACCACUGGGCUCGAGAUGAGAGGCUAUUCUCUCUUGAUUUGGAUAAGCUUGAGAGUAUUUCCCCCCCUCUGUCAGAGAAACUCGCCCUGCCCAGUUUGGUGAACUUAACUCUAGAUGAAUACUAAUGUAUAUUUAAAGGUAUGUUUGGGUUUAUUACAAGUUAAGCCCAAUCAACAGCAUUUGUGGCAUAAUGUUAUUACCACAAAAAUAAAUUUGGGCUUUUGAAUCCCUCUCUUUUUUUUUUUUUAAAAAAGCAAAAGUCGGGGUUAUGGUUCAGCACUUACAAAGGAAGUGAAUGGGAUCAAUACAUAAAUGCUCAUUCUUCCUGUUUCAAAAGUAUAGCCACAAGAAGUAAACAAAUUGUGUUAACAUAAUUUUAGUGUGAAAAUCACUAAAAUUGUAUAACUUUGUUGCCAUGAAGACCUAAUGCUGAAACAACAAUUUAACAACUUCACAGCUCAAAUAAUACAGAAGUUUUAACAGAAGAAUUGAUGCAAAAUGUAUAAGCUUCAAAUUUCUGCCUUUUAAACUCUCCAAAAAUGUGCCCUGUUCACAUCCCUUGUAAGUGCCUCACUGUAAUUAUUUUAUUUUUUAUUUUUUUAAGAAAAGGUGGACAAGUCGAUUUUUAUGGUGAUCUACAUAAUGCUACAAAUGCUGUCUUGUGACCUUAACUUGUAUUGAUCCAGUAAUUUUUGUUUAAUUAAACGACUGUAAUUGUUUACUUACUAGGAUUGAUACAAUAGUAUCUGUCAAAAUGAAUUUACUCUUUCUUAAUGUACUUGACUUUAGAUUUACUUGGCCUAAUCAUAAGGAUUUGUUGAUCAUAUGUGAAUACUUAUAAAAUGUAUACUAAAAACAUUUAGUACGUACAAACUAAUUCAAUUGUGCACUAAUGUAAGUUAAAUAUUGACAAUGUUUGUGUUGCAUCUUUUGUAAUAAA